ACGGUUUCCAAUUUCUACCAAGAAAAUGUGGUUGAUCUUUUUCUAGCAAAAUUUUAUUUCAUUUAAAUAGCUUCUAAAUUAAUUGUUACAUAUUUUCUAGACAUUACUAAAAUAAACAACAUAGACAAAGUACAAUUGAUAAAUAUAGUUCCAUCUAUAUGAAGAAAAAUUAAUAAAUAACUCAAGAGAGAAAUACUGACCACUCUGAGCACAUGGGACUCAAAUUCGCUGACGUGCUUAGUGCCAAAUUAAAGCUUUGUUUUUCUUUAUGAAGCCCUGAGAAAAUAACAAGUGUUUGUUGAUAAUGAUAACCCCCAACGAAGUGACCCCUAUUUGAGAAUUAUAAUAAUUUUUUUUAUUAAUAAAAACAAUUUGAUCGCGCAUCAUAGCGACUAGUCGAGCUAUCUUGGAAAAAUACUUUUUUGUUUUUGCUAAAACCAAGAAUCCAACUGGUGUAGAAGUUGAUUUCGUCAGCCAGUUUGCAAUAAUUAUUCUAGAAAGACGGUUGUUUAAAUUAUAUUAAUCAAAGCUUUAAUCAAAAAAUAAAAUUAAAAAAAAAAAAUAUUCCUUAAAAGAUGACUAUUCUAAGAUUCUACGCUGAAGACGCAUUCGAUGCGCAACAUGUAACUCGAGUUCUUAAGCAGUUACAAACCGUGAGUAGAAUGCCUGAAAACAAAGUAUGUUCUUUAAAGCUAGAAAAAUGCUUCCACGUGGAGACCACCAAUUUUGUAUGUGAUGAAAAAACUGAAAGUAUUUUGCGAUGGCUGCUUAAGCACCCACAAAAAGAAGACAAUUUAAAAAAUGAAUCAUCUUUGAGCGAAACCAAUGAAAAAACGAUUAUUAUCGAAAUUGGUCCACGUUUUAAUUUUUCAACGGCCUUCUCUACCAAUUGUGUUAAUAUAUGUCAUAAUGUUGGCCUUAAUCAUAUCAAUCGAAUUGAAAUGUCCAUAAGGUAUUUAAUUGAAUUCAAUGGAAAACCAACGAACUUGGAAGAAUUAAUAGAAGUUUUAUCGGAUCGCAUGACCGAAUGUCAAUACACACCAGAAAAUCUACCCGUAGAAAGUUUUAAUGAGCAACUUCCUAAACAACAACGUGACUGGCACAUAGUUCCGAUUUUAACUGAAGGAAGAUCGGCGUUGGAAAAAGUCAAUGAAGAAUUAGGACUUGCAUUUGGAGAAUGGGAUUUAAAUUAUUAUACAAAUAUGUUCCAAAAUACUCUUAAAAGAAAUCCAACUACUGUGGAACUCUUUGACUGCGCCCAAAGUAAUAGUGAACAUUCACGUCAUUGGUUUUUCCGUGGACAAAUGUUUGUCGAUGGAGUAGAAGAGGAGAAAUCAUUGUUUAAAAUGAUUAUGGAUACUCAGUUACACACCAAUGCCAACAACACCAUCAAAUUCGGGGACAACAGUAGUGCAAUCAAAGGUUUUGAACAUCUUGCGUUGCAACCAGAAAACUGUUCUGGACCAGGAAAGGUAACUCUGCAAAAGGUUGAGUCCGAUUUGAUAUUUACUGCUGAAACCCAUAACAUGCCAACAGCCGUUGCUCCAUUUAGUGGUGCUACAACUGGCACUGGAGGACGAAUAAGAGAUGUGCAGGGAGUCGGUCGAGGUGGUCUAACAAUUGCGGGUACAGCUGGUUAUUGCGUUGGUAGUUUAAACAUUCCAGGUUACACAUUACCUUUUGAGUGUGGAAGUUCGAAAUAUCCACCAUCGUUUGCCAAGCCUCUUAAAAUUCUCAUCGACGCUAGUAAUGGCGCUUCGGAUUAUGGAAACAAAUUCGGAGAACCUGUUAUAUCGGGAUUCGUAAUUUCUUAUGGACUCGAAGACCCACAACAAGAACGAAAUGAGUAUGUUAAACCCAUUAUGUUCAGUGGUGGUUUGGGUACAAUGAGUUCCAGCAUGAGGAAAAAGACUGAUCCCGAAAAAGGCAUGCUUUUAGCUAAAAUUGGCGGACCAGUCUAUCGUAUCGGUGUUGGUGGAGGAGCUGCAAGUUCCGUGGAAGUUCAAGGUGACAACAGUUCCAACUUAGAUUUCAAUGCUGUUCAACGAGGUGAUGCUGAAAUGGAAAACAAAUUAAACCGCGUUGUCAGGGCAUGUGUAGAAAUGGGAGAUAACAAUCCUAUUUUAGCAAUUCAUGAUCAGGGUGCUGGGGGCAAUGGCAACGUUCUCAAGGAACUAGUCGAGCCAGGAUUUGCUGGAGCUGUUAUAUUUUCCAAAGAAUUCCAAUUAGGUGAUCCAACAAUCACAGCAUUAGAACUCUGGGGCGCUGAAUACCAGGAAAACAAUGCCAUUCUCUGUGCACCAGAGAGCCGGCAAAUACUUCAAGAUAUAUGUGAUCGAGAGCGUUGUCCAAUCAGCUUUGUUGGAUUUGUUACUGGAAAUGGAUAUGUCACCCUCUUGGAGACCGAAGCAGAUUUCGAAAAAUACGAAAACCGUGAAGAAAUUGAAAACUACGGUCCAGUUCCGUUUGACUUGCAUUUGAAACAUGUUUUAGGCGAUAUGCCAAAACGUAGAUAUGAUUUGGAACGUACCAAACCGAAUCUCAAUCCUUUGAAGCUCGAUGAAAACAUUGGUUUUUCGAGUACCUUAAACCGAGUCCUUAGCAUUUUGUCUGUAGGAAGUAAGCGUUUUCUCACCAACAAAGUUGAUCGCUGUGUAACUGGUCUCAUAGCACAACAGCAAUGUGUUGGACCAUUGCACACACCUCUUGCUGAUUUCGCUUUAACGGCAGUCUCUCAUUUCGGACACGAAGGUAUUGCAACUUCUAUAGGAACACAACCUAUUAAGGGACUUAUCAGUGCAGCUGCAAUGGCACGUAUGUCUGUUGCAGAAGCUAUAUCGAAUUUAGUAUUUGUUGGAAUAAGUGAGCUGGCAGAUGUGAAAUGCUCAGGAAACUGGAUGUGGGCAGCAAAGCUACCAGGCGAGGGGGCAAAAUUAUUUGAUGCUUGUAGGGAAAUGUGUGAAAUUAUGAAGGAGCUGAAUAUCGCUGUCGAUGGUGGAAAAGAUUCCCUGUCCAUGGCAGCACGUGUUGAUUCAAAAACAGUGAAAUCACCUGGCACCCUGGUAAUCUCAACCUACGCUCCAUGUCCUGAUGUCAGAGUUAAAAUAACUCCAGAUUUGAAAGCUCCAUCCCAAGGAAAUAUUGGUCAUUUGGUUUGGGUGAACAUCGAAGGACUUUUCAGAUUGGGUGGUUCGGCUCUGGCUCAAGCUUAUUGCCAACAGGGAAUGUUCAGUCCAAAUGUAGAAAAAACUACAGUUCUAAAGAAAGCAUUCAAUAUAACCCAAAAACUCCUUAAAGAGAAGAAGCUUCUUGCAGGUCAUGACAUAAGCGAUGGAGGCUUGAUUGUUACUCUUGUUGAAAUGGCAUUUGCUGGAAUCUCAGGUAUUGAAAUCGAUAUGACUGGAGCUCUCGAAAAACUUGACAAAGAUUCAGUUAAACUUGAAGAAGUUCCCAAAGACAAAAUCGAAUUUGGAGUUAUGUUUGCAGAAGAGGCUGGAUGGGUUCUUGAAGUAGAAGGUCAAUACCUUCAAGAAGUAAUGGACGAAUUCAAAAGCGAAAAUGUUCCUGUUUAUUGCAUUGGCAAAUCAACUGGUUUCGGACUUGAUUCAAGCAUUAUUGUUAAAAGUCGUAGUAAUAUUAUAUUACGCAGUGAUGUCAGAACACUGUUCAAAAAAUGGGAGAAUACCAGUUUCGAAUUGGAAAAACUCCAAGCAAAUGCUGAAUGUGCUGUUGAUGAAUUCAAUAGCUUAAAUUAUAGAACUGCUCCCAAAUAUAAUUGCACUGCCAAUUUGGAUCCUGAAGUUAAGUUAAGUCGGCUAGGUAAGAGUGUUAAGGUAGCAGUUCUAAGAGAAGAAGGAGUUAAUAGUGACCGUGAAAUGAUAUCGUGCUUGUUAAAAGCAAAGUUCGAAGUUCAUGAUUUAACAAUGUCAGAUUUGUUGAUGAAGAAAACUACUCUCGAACAGUAUAGAGGAAUCGUGUUUCCAGGAGGUUUCAGCUACGCUGAUACACUAGGUUCAGGUAAAGGAUGGGCGGCUAAUAUAAUGUUUAAUGAGCAUUUAGCUCCCCAGUUUGAUGCAUUUAGAAAGCGCCCCGACUCGUUUUCAUUAGGUAUUUGCAAUGGCUGUCAGCUAAUGUCCCUCAUAGGAUGGGUGGGCUCAGUUGAAAAUGAUCAAGCAGCACAAGGAGCAGUUGAUAUUCCUGAUGUUGCACUGCUCCAUAAUAAGUCAGAGAGAUUCGAAUGCCGUUGGUCUACACUUCGUAUCGAAGAAAGCAACUCAAUGAUGUUGAAAAACUUGGAAGGAUCUGUUCUGGGAUGUUGGGUUGCUCAUGGCGAAGGAAGAUUUUCAUUCCGAACGGAUGAUGUUUUGAAAAAAUUAAAAACAAACAAAUGCAUUACAAUGCGUUAUGCUGAUGACAAUGGAGCUCCCACUCAGUCUUAUCCAAUGAAUCCAAAUGGCAGUAUUGAUGCAGUGGCAGGUAUAUGUUCCGAAGACGGUAGGCAUUUAGCUUUGAUGCCCCAUCCAGAGAGAUGUAGUCAAAUGUACCAGUGGCCUUAUACACCAGCAGGUUGUGAAUUUGAGCAAAGUCCAUGGCAAGUAAUGUUUAACAAUGCAUUUGUGUGGUGUACAACGAAGAAUGAAUGAAGUGAAUGUCUUGAAGAUCCAAUAUAGUUUUGUACAAACAAAAAAGUACCUUUUUUCAAUUAACAAUAAAAUUGUGUAAUAAAAUAAAUUUAUUAA